UCGCGUUGUUCAGUUAACGUUAAAAUCGUCGAUUCUCACAAUAUUAACAGCCCAAAACUUCGCGCUCAUGGUGUUCGAUUUCAUCUCUAGAUUAAUUAUUGCUGAAAGUUUUUGAAGAUUCAUCUUCAUAAUAUGAAAAAACUUCUCGGAGAAACUUUCUGAAAAUCAAAGAAUGCUUUCAUCACCUAAAGGAAUUGUUUUUCCUUCGGCUGUUUAAGGAAUCAGGAACCUUUUUAUUUUUUGUCGAUAGUGAUUUCCAAGGAAAGUUUUAAUGUCUUCAAGGACUUUUGGUAAAUAACUUUUCAAAAAAAGUUAAUUAACGACAAGGAAAUAAAACUACUUUGAUAGGUGAUAACAAUGAACAAGGAGGAGAUUCAACGUCUUAAUGGGAUAACGGAGGAGAAGGAAUCAAACUGUACAUCCUUAAUGGAAACCAAGACAACAUACAGUAAUGUUUUAACAUGUCCUGUACACUUCGAUGGUUGGUCUUGUUGGCCUGAAACUCCAGCAGGACAAGUUGCAAACCAAUCUUGCCCGGAUUUCAUUCCAGGAUUUGAACCUACAAAUACCGUUUAUUACAAAUGCAUGGAAGAUGGCACCUGGUACUUUCACGAACCCUACAAUCGAACGUGGGUAAAUUAUACUACUUGUGUCAAUACAGAUGAUUUGUCGUUUCGGACCGUUGUGAUAAUAAUUCACUCGGUAGGCUACAGCAUCUCGUUAGUGGCUCUCUUGAUUUCCUUAGCUCUUCUGAUCUACUUUAAAACAUUGAGAUGUGCUCGUAUUCUUAUACACAUGAAUUUAUUUGCAUCAUUUGCUCUCAACAACUUUCUCUGGUUGCUGUGGUAUUAUCUUAUGUUCGACGAGACUGAAGCACUAUUUGCUAAUCAGGCGGUUUGUAAAUCUCUCCACACCGUCCUUUACACCUGCCUAAUAUCAAAUUAUUCUUGGAUGUUGUGCGAGGGCCUCUACUUACACACUGUCCUUGUUUGGGCGUUUAUUUCCCAAAGGAAUCUCUUAAAAGGCAUGAUAUUAAUAGGAUGGGGCAUCCCGCUGCUUACCACACUCAUUUAUGUACCUGUCAGAAGCAUCUUUGGAGAAGGAGACGAUUUAACUAUGUGUUGGAUUAAAGAUACCAAAUUUGAAAUCAUCAAUCAAAUACCUGUAGCCGCAACUAUAAUUCUCAAUCUAUUCUUCCUCAUUAACAUAGUAAGAGUGGUGGUGAUGAAGCUUAGAAAAGGUCCAGCUGAAGGCCAAGGAUCAGGCACAUCGCGGUCGUCCUUACAAGCGUUAAGAGCAACACUACUUUUGGUGCCUCUUCUCGGAUUGAACUUUCUCCUCACACCGUUUCGUCCAGAAACAGGAGAGCCCUGGUUGUACUAUUAUGACUUGUUCUCAGCGGUAACAACUUCCUUCCAGGGCCUUUGUGUUGCAAUACUGUUCUGCUUCUGUAAUGGAGAGGUUCAAGCUCAGAUCAAAAGAAAAUGGCGCACAGUACGUUCCUUUAGACCAAGAGCUAAUUCGUGCAGUGCAACGACUAUGUCGUAUGUUAAAUCGACGUACACAACAAACGGCAGAGAAAAAGUAUGACUAGGAAAUGUGGGUCGCAGAGCUUCACAAUGGGUAUCUGACAGAAGAGCUUCAGUGAUGGCAAAAGCUAAUGAAGAUACACUAGAAACUGCGGCUGAAUGUGUUUAAAAUAAAAUGAAGCUUAUACUUUGU